UUCAAAAGAAGAAGCCGGCUGCUUCUGUCCAGCAGCUUACCUGCAUCCUGCGCUGUACCGUGCCAGAAUCUCUCCUCUUCCCAAGUCUACAGACAAAACUUCUGUCUCCAGCUUUGCUCCACAAAUCGAGUUCAGCGACGAUUUGCCAAAGAUGAUCGCCUUUUUUCAUAAAAGCGUUAUCACGUGUUUGCGUCAACUCUUCAGCGGCUUGCAUAAAGCCGAACUUUUUGCUACGCUUUUCACCAACUUUAAGUAUCCGGCAUUGACGUCAGAGAUGAGAAAUGUGUGAAUUAAACCUUAAAACCCUGGACCGAAUGCAGCAGGAGCCUUUGUGAAAUACCAAGGAUACGUCAAUUGCAAGUGUGCAACCUUUUGUUCUGUUUCAGUAUAUCCCCUCCCCGUCUUUGCGCAGUUAGUGUAAGCAUAGGUGACUAGCUUGCUCAUCAAAUGCACGGGACAGCGGUCAGUGGGGGACCCGUGUGUUGAAGACACUUUGCUUCUUGAAGUUUGAAGAACGCAAACAUUAGAGCAAAAAUAUUUCUUUCACAAGUUAGUUUCAGGAUUGUGUGCAUCAAUGCCGAGACAUUUUAUUAUGGAAAGUUCUCAGAAGGAGCAUGGUAUUAUUCCUUGGAAGAUUCACCCGCCCCCCAAAGAGAAACCGCUCCCGAGGAGUGGCCAGUCAAACGGGAGGCAGUCCUGCUUUGCCACCCUUAAGAUGUUUCUCAUGGCAUUGUCUUUUGCCUAUUUUGCUAAGGCAUUAUCUGGAAGCUACAUGAAAAGCACAAUAACUCAACUGGAGAGGCGAUUUGAUAUUCCCAGUUAUUUAAUAGGAGUUAUUGAUGGGAGCUUUGAGAUUGGUAAUUUGUUGGUGAUUGCUUUCGUCAGCUACUUCGGAGCAAAGCUCCACAGACCCAAAAUGAUCGGAGCCGGGUGCCUUAUUAUGUCGAUAGGGACGUUUUUAAUUGCAAUGCCUCAUUUCUUUAUCGGUCGCUAUAAGUUUGAAACGACAACUAGAUCUUCCGCCAACUCAACCAGUUACCUUUCUCCAUGUCCAGCAAGCUCAGAUCAGACAGUGCCUGGUGCAAUGGACAAGCCGUCAAUAAUAACCAGCACAGGCUGUGAGAAGGAGGUGGGCUUCUCCAUGUGGAUCUAUGUCUUCUUGGGCAAUGUGCUGCGUGGGAUUGGGGAGACUCCGGUGCAGCCGCUGGGCAUCUCUUACAUCGAUGAUUUUGCUCGAGAAGAAGAUGCAGCUUUCUACAUCGGCUGUGUCCAGACCAUAGCCAUCAUCGGGCCAGUGUUUGGAUUUCUACUUGGAUCUCUGUGUGCCAGAAUAUUUGUAGACAUUGGAUUUGUGGAUAUGGAUAGCAUCACAAUAGCCCCCGGUGAUGCCCGCUGGGUCGGCGCAUGGUGGCUCGGCUAUUUGAUAGCUGGGUUCAUUACACUUUUAUCCGCAAUCCCGUUCUGGUUCCUUCCAAAGUCAAUGCCAAUCCCAGACACGAGACGAAAUUCAAAAACUUUCCCUGAACAAUCCCGGUUUAUCAAAGAAUCGCCCACAGAGAAGAAAUAUGGCAAUGAAGAGCCAGCAAAUUUCACAGAAAUAGCAAAAGAUUUUGUUCCCUCAUUGAAAAGCCUGCUUGUAAACCCUGUCUACGUCUUGUACCUGUGUGUAACAAUAAUACAGUUCAAUUCCUUGAUUGGCAUGGUAACGUACAAGCCCAAAUACAUUGAGCAGCAUUAUGGACAAUCGGCUUCAAAAGCCAACUUUCUGAUUGGUGUCAUUAAUAUCCCUGCUGUAGCACUGGGGAUAUUCUCCGGUGGGCUUCUGAUGAAGAAAUUCAAACUGAGUGUGAUGGGAGCUGCAAAGUUUGUACUCGGGACGUCUUUGCUUGGCUACGUCUUGUCUCUUUUCUUCUUCGCAAUGGGCUGUGAGAAUGCCACAGUGGCUGGGUUAACUGUCUCCUACCAAGGGAUCAAACAGGCCUCUUUCCAUGAGAACGCCUUGCUUGCAGACUGCAACUCUGGUUGCAUUUGUUCAGUGAAGCAGUGGGAUCCAGUUUGUGGGGACAAUGGAAUCACCUAUAUCUCUCCUUGCCUGGCUGGAUGCAAAACAUUGAGUGGAUCUGGGAAAAACACAGUGUUUGAUGACUGCAGGUGUGUGGCAGAGCCCGGCUCCUCCCUGGGGAAUGAUUCAGCUGUCCUGGGACACUGCCAGCAGAGAGAGGAUUGUGACAGAGUGUUCCCUUAUUUCCUGGCUCUGUCUGUCCUCAGCUCUUUUGUCAUUUCUUUGGGGGGCACGCCUGGAUACAUCUUACUCAUGCGGUGCAUUAAGCCUGAAUUAAAAUCCUUGGCUUUGGGUUUUCACACAUUGGCCACAAGAACACUUGCAGGAAUCCCAGCUCCUAUGUAUUUUGGAGCCCUCAUAGACACCACCUGCUUGAAAUGGGGAAACAAUAGAUGUGGCGGGCGGGGAGCAUGCAGGAUAUACGACACCAGUGCUUACAGAAUUGUUUACUUGGGAUUGACGUUGGGGUUACGGACAGUGUCAUACUUCUUCUGUUUCGCCGUUCUCGUUCUCUUGAAAAGGCAGUACAAACACAAAGAGAAAAGCGACUUAGCUAACGGCACAGCAGAGGUGCACCCGCUGAGGAAGGACGAGUCAAACUCUUUUAAUAGCGAGCAUUUGAUAAGGACAGCGGACUGUUAUACAGGGAAGGAGACGCGCCUGUGAAGUGGAUUAGAUACAGCCAGCAUGCCAUUCAUGUGGGACCCUGCCAUGGCAGUCCUCUUCAAAGUUCUUAUACAAUAUAUAAGUUGUAUAUUUGUACUGGAGUAAUGUAGAUGAUGGAAAAUAAAGAUUUUUUAUAAUAGUUCAAUUAACACAAUUCCAAUGUAUAUGAUAGAAGAGUUUCUGCAAAAAGUCUUAAACUGUGAACUGUUUUUUUUGUUAUUUUUACAUGUUUCUUAGUGAAGAAUGUAAUUGCUCUGUUAUUUUCUUUAAUUUUGUGAACAAGCUUUCGAACGAUGUAUGGAAAUGUAUAUCUUUUUGUAGUUGUUUUUUUUUAAAAAGAUGGUGUGUUUCUAAACAAAAAAUGCAAACAACUUUGUAUUUAAUCAGUACAAGGUAAAUCCAUUCACUUGCAUGUACUUUCUGAUGCUCCCAGAAAAAAUAAAACCCUUUCCAAAUUGCUUCUCCAUCAUGGCCAACAGAGGGUCAAAACUACGGCAGAACAUUAGCACCACAAAAAACAAAAUUAUUGCGAGAUAAUACUGCGUUAUUUUGCAUUCAUUAUUGCAUUAUUUUGCAAUAAUUAUUGCGUUAUUAUGAGAUAGUUUUCAUCAGUAAUAAAGAUGUCAAAUUACAGCAGAAGUGACAUGCAGCUGGACAGUGAGAAACUGUCAAGGUGCUCUAUUACAGUUCUUUUACAGUUUUGUACAAAAAAACAUUCAGAGUUUUCUAUAACAUAUAUUAUAGUUUUUUAAAACUUCACAAAUACAUAAUAUUGCUACUUAAUACUCCUUUUCAUUCAGUCCAUGUCAUGAUCCCAUAGGUUAGGCCAGGGGUUUUCUCCCUAUUCAGUAUGCAGCCCCAAGUGUAGCCAACCUCCAUUCAGGCUCCUCUCCAAUAAGACCGAUGGGAUGGAAAUGACCAUUUUAAUUUAAACGAGCUGAAGAAACGGCAUUCGCACACUUCAGUCAGAUAAAGGGUAGUGGUAGUGAGAACACAAUUAUUAAAACGUCAUUUCAAGCUACCUCCAUGUACUUCUUAAUGUUCGAAGUGAUUUGGUUAUAUUAAUUACAGCAUGUAGUAAAGAGCUAACAUUUGGUACCAGUGCAAACUGUGUAUGUGCUGCGAUAUCGGCCACAGCAAGCGUUCUUGCACAGAUGUCAGCAUGUGACCAGCAGGCUCCAGAGAUAGGGACUAUGAGAGCCGCUGAGAAAAAGCUCACCGGGUGAGUUUUAAAGGAUGAUUUGGAAGAGAUUUGCAGUGCGCAUGCAAACUGUGCCAACAGUAUCGCAGUGGCACUGUAUUUUCAAUAGAAAAUGCGCUA